CCUCGCCACAAGUCUUCUUUCUAACUCUUCACGCCAACCAAAAGCCCUGCUUGCCCGCUCGCGUACAGCACCAUCUCCAGCGCGCAUACAAAUCCCUGCCGACCUGCAAACCUGCAGCUCAGCAGCACCCCAUUUGCACUCAUCAACAGGGGCCCUGGUUCCCACCCUUCUCUGAGAGUCUUCGCCUGCAGAACCGCCAGUCGGGAUUAAUAUCGCGAAAAAAACGACUUCUGUCAUGGGCGCCGCCGUUACUCCUGCGAUGUAUGACGCUCAUCUGCUCUCAGCAUCGGCUGCUGCAAAACUUAUUCAAUCAGGAGAACUUACCGUCGAGCACUAUGUUGAGGCACUCCUGCAGCGUAUAGACGAGCGCGAUGAAGAUGUAAAAGCAUGGGCAUUUCUGGACAGGGACCAAGUUCUUGCCAAUGCGAGAGCCUUGGAUGCUCUCACUGCAGACCAGAGAGGCCCCCUGCAUGGAGUUGUCAUUGGCGUCAAAGAUGUGAUUUACACUAAAGAUAUGCCCACUGAGUUUAACUCUCCGAUCUACAAGGGCCACUUUCCUCAGGUAGACGCAGCAUCUAUUGCUAUAUUAAGAGCCUCUGGCGCCUUAUUUUUAGGAAAAACGGUGACUACUGAAUUCGCAGCCACAGCAAAUGGGCCUGGCACUUUUAACCCUCAUGACAUUACGCGUACUCCCGGCGGCUCAUCUGCUGGUUCUGGCGCCGCCGUCGGGGACUUCCAAGUCCCUGUUGCGCUAGGCACUCAAACUGGAGGAUCGACUAUUAGACCAGCUGCGUACUGUGGCAUUUAUGGCUUCAAACCAACCUGGGGUGCCGUCUCACGCGAAGGCCAAAAGUUCUUCUCCCUCACUUUCGACACUCUUGGCAUUUUUUCUCGCCAUGUAGACGACCUUACUAUGAUGACUGAUGCUUUCAAGAUUACAGACGAUCAACCAUCUUCCUUCCAAUCCUUGGAAGGAGCUCGAUUUGCACUCAUCAAAUCGAUGCUCUGGCCCGCUGCGGAGCCUGCUACUCGCGAUGCUCUUGCUCGCGGAGCAGAAUUAUUGCGGUCUCACGGUGCCAUCGUGGAAGAGAUUGAGCUUCCCAAAUCGUUCGAUAAGCUCCCUCAGUGGUAUAAUGUAGUACUCGAUAUGGAGGGCUCCAAAGCCUUUCUACCUGAGUACAGCAGCGCCGUUGAACAGCUCGACUCUCUCAUGGUGGGCUAUGUCGAAAACAAAUCCAAGUAUACUCAGCGACAGUAUGUGGAAGCACUCGAUAACAUGGCGGCCCUUCGACCCCAAUUUGAUGCUCUUGUGAAUGGAUAUGAUGCGGUAUUGACACCUAGCACACCCGAUGAGGCCCCCGUUGGAACAGACACAGGCAGCUACCUGUUUUGCAAGAUAUGGACUGGUCUGCACGUACCUGUUGUUAACAUCCCUGGAUUUGGGGGCCCUAAUAACAUGCCUGUUGGCCUGUCUUUGGUAGCUCCACGAUAUCAUGAUCGACACUUGCUGAGUGUUACUUCGCAUGUUGGACCCCUCUUUGAAGCAGAAGGUGGAUGGGAGCGACCUGUUCACGGCCCUACGACACACCGUGAGGCAAAUGGCCACGACCGGGAAAAUGGAAAUGGUAGCGGGCAUGGAAAUGGCAAUGGAAAUGGCCAUCUGUAAAGUUGGAGAGGCCUGACGACAGUGAUUUAGAUGACCAUGUUUCAUUACGACAAAGAUUUUGUAGCUUGCAAUAUGUUUCAUAUCUAUGCUAGCCUGCAUUGAAUUUAGAAGAAAACUUUGGAAAGCGCACUGAGUAAUUAUGAGAAGGUCAACUGGACAUGAUAGUUCUUUCUUUUGUGACUAGCUAGAAAGCUACUUCAUCCAACCACACACCGAAUGUACAGUUUGCCGUGUUACUGCGGCUUAUGGUACAAAAUGAGAAGAGUUGCGUAUUGGCCUCGAAAGAGGAAGUAAACAAUGGGGGAAAUAAGUGAAAUGAAAAGCAAAAGCACAAAGAAACCAGCAAAGUUAAAAUACUAAAGCAACAUGUAAUCUUAAUCCAUCAAUUAGGCGCGAGUGGCAAACUCAAUGCACGCCGCCAACUCCUCAGGCACGACACCCUGGUUACCGAGAUAUCGGCACAUGCUCUUGACGAGCUCGACUUGCUCAUCGUAGCCUAGUCGUGUAAUGGCAGUCUCUAGAACGGAGCCAACGCUAGCCUUGUAAACCGCAAUAAAGGUGUGGUAGUACAUGUAUGCAAAGAAGCCCAUGAUGAAUUGGCAGUCCAUUCGGUCAGUCAUACCACCAUGGCCGGGGAUGGAGUCACCAAAGUCCUUGAUCUUGAAGCUACGCUUCAAGCCAGAUGCAAAGAAACCACCGAAAGGUGCAAUGAGAGAUGCGAAAGAAGCGAGGACAAGGGCGUGGAGCUGCAGCGGCGCAAACGUAAUCGUGGUCGUGGGGUACGAAGGAAGGAAGAAGAAUUGCGGGAUCUCGUAAGUUCGGGGCAGGAAGACUGGGUUGGGAUCGCAUUCGAGUCCAGUGAAGAUGUUGGCACCGAGAUCCUAUUGAAUGUUAGUAUGACGAGGGGCGACUGUAUGCAAAAGAAACGCUACUUACGUUGACAGGGCAGAUGAAGAACUUGGAGCGCAUCAUAAGGUUGCAGAGCAGCAUGCCGAAAAUGACAGUCAUGAUCCAAGCGCCAACAAAGCCUUCCACGGUCUUCUUGGGAGAAAGCUUGAUGAGCUGGGUGCGACCAAAGGCGAUACCGCAAAUGUAUGCCCAGAUAUCGUUGGUGAUGACAAGAGCAGCGGGGAGGAAGAACCAGAUCAUGCCUUCAAAAAUGUUGUUCAUGACAAAGUGGGCCUGGACGACGAUCAAGUAGAGGGCCAUGUGCGUCCACGCAAAGUUGGUGAAUUGGAACUUGUAGUGGCCGGCCUGGAGGGAGGCGACGAAGAAGACGAAGCCGAAAACGUAGAGAAUGAAGCUGAUGAAGCGGUGGUGGUGGGCAAGAGGCAGCAGGACCUUGUCGACGAGCACAAUGUGCUUGAAGUAGUAGAUGACGCUCUCGCCGUAGAGGAAGUACAUUGUCGUGGCCAGCCAGUACCAGUUGAGGCUCUUAGUGGACUUAAGGGAGCGGGCGCGGCUGGGGACGUUGGCAAUGGCAAUGACCUCUUUGAAGGAGAUGAUCUGGACGGCGGUGACAAUGGCGAUGAUGUAGAUGUGGCCCAUGAAGAGGGCAAUGAAGAACCCGGCAAUCAUGAUCAAGGUCCAAAUGGUGCGUGUCCAGAAGUUGGCCUUUUUCUUUUCAUAUUCGGCUUUUUGGUCUUCGGGCGUAGGUGGUUUCUAGAAGGAGCAGAAAGGUUAGCGCAUUUCGUUCUUGGACCGGACCGUCGCAGAGGAUAAACAAGAAAAAAAACAUCAUGUGGAAUAAACAGUUCCAAGCCGCUGCGGGUUCGGCAAUCUUCUUUUUUCUCUUUUCGUCUCCGUACCUCUUCCACGGGUUCCAGGGUUGCUUUAAGUGCAUCCUUUGCUCUGGAGGAACCAUCUUCACUCACAUCACUGAAGCUUGACCGACGCCCUUCGGAUCCGCUCAGUUCGUUGCUGUUGCGCCUUGCGGGGAACCUAACCCCUCUCUUUGAUCGAGCCAUGGCAGCAGCAGCUGUGUUUCGAGCGACAAUGUGUGUGUAUGAUGCGCAGAUAGAUGGUCAGCAGCAGCAGAACAGGCUAACUAUCGUGACGUAUGUCUGCCCGGUUUGGUGUAGCGCUCUGCAGCAGUGGUCGCAAGCUAAUCACAAAGGACAAGCGCACUUCAGCAAGCAAAGGCGACGACGAGGGGGAGGGAGGGAGAAUUUGUCGAGGGGGCGAUUGUUG